AUGCUGUACAUAGUAGGACUGGGAUUGGCGGAUGAGAAAGACAUUACCUUCAGAGGCUUAGAAAUAGUGAAGCAAUGUGACCAGGUUUUCAUAGAGGCCUACACUUACUCUCUUUUGGUCUCUCUUCCGACGGCCUCUCCACGUUGGAAUUUCAAUGCACAGGAAAACUUGUAUGGAAAACCAGUCACAGUUACAGAUAGAAAAACGGUGGAGGAAAAAGCCGACCAAAUUCUAACUGCAGCUGCUGCUUCUGACGUUGCUUUCCUUGUAGUUAGGAGAUCCUUUUGGCCACGAAGUUCGGGAUUGAUGUGGAAAGUGGUGCCUAAUGCCUCGGUGACAAAUGCAGUUGGAAUCUGUGGAUUACAACUAAACCACUACGGAGAGAAAGUUUCAAUUCCAUUCUUCACUGAAACUCAGAGGCCUGAUAGCUUUUAUGACAAGAUAAGAAAAAUCACGGGCUUGGACUGCAUACUCUCUGCUUAUUAG